AUGGCAGAACGAAUCCCUUCGACGAGACCCAUGUAUCCACUGAAUGUGGUUGACCCCGAAACCAAUACUGUCUGGCUUCCUGAGAGACCUGCCAAAAAGACAAAGUAUGAAGUUUUUUACAAGAUCGGUUCCAUCGUGAGCUGGAUCAUCAUCAUCAUCCUAGUAGGGGUGAUUGUGGUGCAAGCAUUGAAACGACCUUCCACGGCUGAAACAAGUCUUGCAUCGGUGUCCGGGCCAAGCGUGUCCACAGUCACUGUCACCAGCUCAGUGUUGGAAUCGCAAGUUGAACCAAGCACCUUGAUCACAACUCAAGUUGAGACCACCACCGCCACCUCUCUGGCGACAUCAUGGUUGACCACUGUGUCCCUAUCAACGGCGACCUAUACUCCACCUCAGACCGUUGUUGUAACGACGCGAGAAACCAUGACGAAUACCGCAACAGCAAUUAGCACCGUGGUCUCCAGUACCACAUUGAGCUCGACGCUGACCACAACAGCUUCAAACCCAGACAAUCAUGUGACAGCGAUAGAGAUUGUUUCGUCCACGCAGACCUUCAUAACCACGGCAAUUGGAGUUGGUAACUUGAGAGGACCACGAACACAGGACAGUUAA